AUGAUACCUAUCACCAUCAUAACCGGUUUCUUAGGCUCUGGCAAAACAACACUCAUCCUCAAUCUCAUCCCUCAGCUCCCCAAAACCUACAAACUCGCGCUCCUCAAGAACGAGUACGGAGAUGUUGCGGUCGACUCCCAACUCGCGUCGUCACAAGCCAUCUCGGGCGUGCAAGAGCUGCUCAACGGCUGCAUAUGCUGCAACCUCGUUGGCCAGCUGUCCGACGCGCUCGAGACUCUCUCCAACGAUGUACAGCCCGAUCGCAUCGUCAUCGAGACAUCUGGGUCUGCCUUCCCUGCCACGCUAGCUAUGGAGGUGAACCGAUUGAGUCGUGAGACUGGGAAAUACGUGCUCGAUGGGGUCAUGAGCUGCAUCGAUGUCGAGAAUUGGAAAGGCUACGAGGACACAAGUUACACGGCAAAGCUGCAGGCAAGAUACACCGACCUGAUCGUGUUGAACAAGUGGGAGCUUGUAAGCGAGAGGCGGUUGGAAGACGUGGAAGAUGCGAUCCUGGACCUGGAUGUCCAGCCGCAGAUUCCAAGAACCAAAAGUACCAAGGGCUGGGUCGACAAGGAUAUCGUGUUUGGACUCGAUGCCAAGUUGGCCAAGACUGUCGAGGAACAGGGAAACGCGCAUGCACAUGAGCAUGACCACGAGCAUUCAAGUGAGGUUGAGGUCUUAAACGUCUCAUUGAGGAGUAAAGACGGCAAAGGUGGAGUAGAUACGGAGAAGUUGGUCAAACUCUUAGAAGAACCAACCAAGGACGAGGUCUAUCGCAUAAAAGGCGUACUAUACGCAUCCAAUCCUCCAAAGUCCUCCGACACCACACCAACGUCCAACACAGAAGUCCCAAGUGGUCGAUCAAAAUAUAUACUCAAUUGGGCGUUCGGUCGCUGGACGUUCACUAGAGUCGCCUCUGCUUCCGAAAAUGAAGAGUCAGAGCUCCGGUUGACUGUCAUCACGGCAAAGUAUGAGUCGAAUAAGUGGAAGAAGCAGAUUGAGGCGAGUGGGUUGAUUGCACUCGAUAACUCUGCGGAAGGGACGUUGACGGUGCAGAAAUUGACAUCAUGA